AUGUAUGCAAGUUCUAUAUCUGGUGAGGAUGAUAAGUACGACUAUUUGUUUAAAGUUGUAUUGACCGGGGAUUCAGGUGUCGGGAAAAGUAACCUACUCUCACGUUUCACAAGAAACGAGUUUAAUUUGGAAAGUAAAAGUACGAUCGGUGUUGAGUUCGCUACAAAGAGCGUGGAUAUUGAUGGAAGGAUUAUAAAGGCACAAAUCUGGGAUACUGCUGGUCAGGAACGUUAUCGAGCUAUAACAGCCGCCUAUUACCGUGGUGCUGUCGGUGCGCUGUUGGUUUACGAUAUCACAAAAAGAGAGACUUUCAACAAUCUGGAACACUGGUUACUGGAGUUACGAGGCCAUGCAGAACCAGAUAUCGUUAUUAUGUUGGUUGGUAAUAAGUGUGACCUUAGGCAUCUGCGAACUAUAUUGACGGAAGAUGCGAAGCUUUGGGCUGAAAGGCAUGGACUAUUCUUUAUGGAAACGUCGGCUCUGGAAUCCACCGGCGUUGAGAAUGCUUUUUACUCUAUUCUUAAAACCAUUUUCGAAGCUGUCCGUUCACAUCCUCCAGUGAGUAAUGUCGACAUGAAAAUGUCUCCAUAUCAUAAUCAACCGAUCGUUUCACCGAACACAGACAGUUCAAACAGUGGACGACGGUGUUGUAGUUAG